CUUCUUUGUGCAUACGCUUUAUCGGCGAUCUAUGCAAAUUUAUGCGGGCAGGCCCUAAUAAAAUGGAUAAAAAUUUCGUGCACGCUUAUCAGCCAACUUCAAAGACGUGGCCACAUCUAUGGCGCAGAUGCAUAUAUUCACGUGGCUGAAACUUCAAACUAUUCAAUAUAUAAGUUGAAAGAAACGCUCAAUUUUGGCUGUUGAAUUGUCGACAUGACAUCGAGUCAGGAGUCUGACUUUCGUGAAAAGGUCAUCGGCGAGUCCUCAUCGCCAACGGAACCCGAUGUGUUGAAGAUCCUAUGCGUGGGACGCAUCUGUCUCGACAUCGUUCAAAUGUGCGAGCAAUUUCCUGCGGAGGAUUCUACUCAAAGAUCUAUUGACUAUAGAUGGCAAAGAGGGGGCAAUGCAUCAAACACUUGUACUGUACUAUCGUUGCUAGGACAGUCAUGCGAGUUUCUGGCUUGUCUAAGUGCAGAUGAGCAUGUCAAUUUUAUGCAAAAUGAUCUGCGUAAAUAUAAAAUUGACUAUUCUCACUGUCCUAUGAUAGAAGGCAUUGGCUGUCCUACCGCAACAAUUAUAUUGAGUUUAAAUACUGGAACUCGUACAAUUGUAUACCACAAUCAAAAUUUACCAGAAUUGACAGUAAAGAACUUUGAACAACUAAAUUUAGCAGAAUACAGCUGGAUUCACUUUGAAGGAAGAAAUAUAGAUGAAAUGUUGCUUAUGAUACAACGUAUAGAAAAUUAUAAUAACUCAUUAAAUGGUACAAAUAAUCACAGUAAGAAACGUAUGCCAAUUAUGAUUAGUGUGGAACUAGAAAGUCCCAGAUCAGGUCCCAGAUUAUUGGAUCUGUUGUCAUAUACUGACGUAGCAUUUAUAGCAAAAGAUUUUGCUAAGAACCAAGGUUUUAACAAUAUGAAGGAGGUAAUACAUACCAUUGGCCAAGAUGCCAGACUUAGAGGGGCUAUUAUUUGUGCUUGGGCAGAGGAAGGUGCAAUUGCUCGUACUCCUUGUGGUACGAUAGUACAAUCUCCAGCUUUCCCACCUCAUAAGGUGAUCGAUACUUUAGGGGCAGGUGAUACAUUUAACGCAGCUGUUCUAUAUUAUUUAAAUAAGAGCAAAGUAGAACUUAUGCGUAAAUAUAAAGAUGAGGAAGCGAAUGAUAUUAAUAAAUUGGGGGAUAACACUAUUGAUGAUAGCACGGUAGUUAGACGAAGUAUUAAACAAAAGAAUAUCUGUAUAGAAAAUUUGGAAUGUAAUCGAACAAAAUUUAUUGAUGAAAUAGUUUUACAAAGAGCUAUCAAAUUUGCAUGCUGUAUUGCUGGCGCAAAAGUUGGUUCGAAAGGUUUUGAUUGUCUCGAUAAAAUUUUUAAUCAUAUUUUACAACUCGAUUUUCCAAUACAUUAGUGCAGAAAAUGUUUUCAUAUACUAUAUUGUAUAUUAUACAGUGUAUGUAUGCUCAUCAUAUACUAUAUUGUAUAUUAUGCAGUGUAUGUAUAUAUUUUGUAUAAUUUGCCAUAAAGCUAUGCUUUAUAAAUAGCAUAUUUGCUAAUGCUUAUGCAUAUCUAUCUAAGACAGCCAGAAACGAAUUCUUCUACUCAUUCUUUAUGAUAUAAAAUUUUUAAUAUUUUUAGCAUUUAUAUAUAUAUUACCUCUCUUUCUACACACGCACAUACUACAGGAAUAAAUUUCAACUUUUUUUAUCUUGGA